AUGGGAUGGUCUGCUUGCGGAGGUUCAUUACUCCCGACGACAUCGACACCCAUCUCCCUCUAUCUCCCCUCAUUCCUCUCCUCAACGGAUCUCUACGCCUCACUAGCGACGCAACUCCCGACAAUUACCGACGGCCUAGUGACACUCACACCAACAUUCGACAACCCACUCGCCCCACUCACCCUCUUUCUCCUCCACUACGCCUGGCAAUUCCCACACUUUAACCCACUGUCACAUCUCGUGCGAACAUCAUACGCACAAGCAGGCUAUGCGAUGCUCACCAUACUCGACCCAAAGAAAAACGCACUCGUCUCGCUCCGCCAUGCAAUCUUCCUCGUCUUUCUCUCCUCUUUCCUCGUUCCGCUUUCUGGGCUGACAAAUUGGGCGUUUGCGCUCACAAGCUUGGUCCCCAACGCCGUUCUCGUCCAUUGGAGUUGGAAGUUUUAUCGAUUUGGAGGAGAAAAGAUUGCUCGGACACUCUUUGCGCACUCGCUGUGGUACUUGCCCGUCAUGCUUGGACUGAUGAUGUUCCAUAAGCGAGGUAUGGAGUGGCUCGAGUGGUUAGGUCUUCAAAGUUCAGAAGAGACAGAGGUAAAACCUGUAGAGUCAUCCUGA